GUGUAUUAUAUUUUCCUCGCGGCCAUCGUAUUUAACAAUUUCAGGGUCGUCGGGCAGAGGUGUGUUCGCAGUGUGUCGACUCUGGAGUCUGGACUCAUCAUCACAUACUCAAUGGAUCAUCACAGAUCCACUUUCUUCAUUUUUCUUCUUUUACUGUUCUUAGUAUCUGGGUCGUAUGGCGCUGAGUCCGGGAAUCGUAAAACUGGAAAGUCAUCGGUUUUUUCUUUGUUUAACCUUAAACAGAGGAGUAGAUUCUGGAGCGAGGGUGUUUUACAUGGUGAUUUUGAUGAUCUGGAAUCUUCCAGCCCUGGCAAAAUGGGUGCUCUUAAUUUCAGCAGGGCAGGUAAUAUUGCAAAUUAUCUAAAACUUAUGGAAGUAGAUUCUAUGUACGUUCCUGUACCUGUGAAUUUCAUUUUUAUAGGAUUUGAAGGAAAAGGGAACCAAGAUUUUAAUCUUCACCCUGAUGAACUUGAGCGUUGGUUCAUGAAUAUUGAUCACAUCUUUGAACAUACACGAGUUCCACAAAUUGGAGAAGUUCUCACCCCAUUUUACAAAAUUAGUGUAGAUAAAGUGCAACGCCAUCACCUUCCCAUAAUCAGUCACAUAAACUACAAUUUUUCUGUUCAUGCCAUACAAAUGGGUGAAAAGGUUACUUCUAUCUUCGAGCAUGCCAUAAAAGUUUUAGCCCGCAAAGAUGACGUGUCUUCUAACAGGGAUGAUGUAGAUGCUCUUUGGCAAGUAGACGUUGAUAUGAUGGAUGUUAUUUUUACCAGUCUUGUUGAAUAUCUUCAGCUUGAAAAUGCAUAUAACAUUUUUGUUUUGAAUCCCAAGCUUGAAGCGAAAAGAGCUAAAUAUGGAUAUCGGAGAGGUUUAUCCAAAUCUGAAAUAACUUUUCUUAAAGAGAGUAAGAGUUUGCAAACAAAAAUUCUUCAGUCAGGGAGUAUUCCAGAUAGUCUUCUUGCGCUCAAUAAGAUUAAGAGACCAUUAUAUGCAAAGCAUCCAAUGACGAAGUUUACCUGGACAAUAGCUGAGGACACUGAUACGGUGGAAUGGUACAACAUUUGUCUGGAGGCACUUAAUAACGUUGAGAAGUUUUAUCAAGGCAAGGACACUGCUGAUAUUAUUCAGAGCAAAGUUUUACAGUUAUUGAAAGGGAAGAAUGAAGAUACAAAAUUUCUUCUUGAGAAAAAAUUAAAAUCUGGGGACUUUAGUGGUCUUCAUGCGGAAUGCCUCACAGAUACAUGGAUUGGAAAGGACAGGUGGGCAUUUAUUGAUUUAACUGCUGGCCCUUUCUCAUGGGGGCCUGCUGUUGGUGGAGAAGGUGUUCGUACUGAACUUAGUUUACCAAAUGUGGGAAAGACCAUUGGUGCGGUUGCAGAAAUUUCUGAAGAUGAAGCUGAAGAUCGCUUGCAAGAUGCUAUCCAGGAAAAAUUUGCAGUGUUUGGUGAUAAAGAUCAUCAAGCAAUUGAUAUUCUUCUCGCAGAAAUUGAUAUUUAUGAGCUUUUUGCUUUCAAACACUGCAAGGGAAGGAAAGUUAAACUUGCUCUUUGUGAAGAGCUUGACGAGAGAAUGCAGGAUUUAAAGAAUGAGCUUCAGGCUUUUGAUGGUGAAGAGUAUGAUGAAAAUCAUAGGAGGAAGGCCAUAGAGGCCUUAAAACGAAUGGAAAACUGGAAUCUAUUCAGUGACACUUAUGAGGAUUAUCAAAACUACACAGUUGCACGGGAUACUUUUCUUGCACAUUUAGGUGCUACACUGUGGGGAUCUAUGAGACACAUUAUAUCGCCAUCAAUUGCUGAUGGUGCAUUCCACUAUUAUGAAAAGAUAUCCUUUCAGUUGUUUUUCAUCACUCAGGAGAAAGUUAGCCAAGUCAAGCACUUGCCUGUGGAUUUGAAGGCUGUUAUGGAUGGGCUCUCCUCUUUGUUGUUACCUUCACAGAAACCAACAUUUAGUCCACACAUGUUAACACUUUCAGAGGAUCCUGCUUUAGCGAUGGCCUUUUCAGUGGCACGGCGAGCAGCAGCUGUUCCUCUGUUGCUUGUUAACGGAACAUAUAGGAAAACUGUUCGAUCCUAUCUUGAUUCUUCCAUCCUCCAGUAUCAAUUGCAAAGGCUGAAUGAUCACGGCUCUCUGAAAGGUCACCUACUGCCUUAAAUUGCCCACUUGUUG